ACAUAAUUUAUUGACCUACCAGAAGUUACGACUUUUCUAACACUCUUCUUUCUUUAGAUAGCUCUCAUAACUACUCUCCUUUUCGCAAAAUCUCUGCAAAAUAAACACUUAGUUCACUUCUGAACCUCGAUAAUUAGUAGCUAUGGUCUAUUUUCUUUCGGUUUCAAGCUUCUUUCUUCUCUUCCUCCAACUUACUUCCCAUCUUGCUAAUUCGGAACCAUACCUCGGAAUAAACUACGGACAAGUCGCUAACAACCUCCCACCGCCAUCUGCUGUCGCGAGGCUACUCCAAUCCACCUCAAUCCAAAAAGUCCGAUUAUUCGGUGCUGAUGCAACCAUAAUCCAGUCACUAGCCAACACUAACAUCGAGAUCGCUAUCGGAGCAUCCAACACCGACAUUCCAGCACUUGCAGCAGACUCGAACUUUGUGAAAUCAUGGAUUAAUUCAAACAUCAUUCCAUUCUAUCCAUCCAGCAAAAUAACAACAGUUAAUGUUGGUAACGAGAUCAUGAGCUCAACAGACCGUAGUUUAAUGUACUUGCUUUUAAAAGCUAUGCAAAAUGUCCAAAAUGCCCUUACUGAGGCCAUGCUUGGCGGGAAAAUUAAGGUCACAACGGUACAUUCACUUGCGAUUUUGAAAAGGUCUGAUCCACCGUCGAGUGGGAGGUUUGAUCCGACGGUGGAGGAUUUGUUGAAGGGAUUAUUGGAGUUUAAUAAUGCGACUGGGUCGGGUUUCAGUUUUAAUCCAUAUCCGUUUUUUGCGUAUCAAAGUGACCCGAGACCUGAAACUCUGGCUUUUUGCUUGUUUCAACCAAAUUCAGGCCGACUUGAUCCGGGUACUGGCAUCAAGUAUACUAACAUGUUUGAUGCUCAGGUGGAUGCUGUACGAUCUGCGCUGAACGCUAUGGGAUUCAAAGGCGUAGAAAUCGUUAUUUCUGAGACAGGAUGGCCAUACAGAGGAGAUAGUAAUCAAGUCGGAACAAGCAUUGAGAAUGCCAAGGCUUACAAUGGCAACUUGAUUGCGCAUUUGAGGUCUAUGGUAGGAACUCCGCUGAUGCCUGGAAAAUCAGUCGAUACGUAUUUGUUUGCAUUGUUCGAUGAGGACCUGAAACCCGGACCAGCCUCUGAGCGGUCAUUUGGCCUUUUUAAGCCUGAUCUCACUGUCACUUAUGAUGUUAUGCUUACUAAGGCUAGCCAGACGUCGCUGACACCAGAGACGCCAUCAAGUCCAACAAGGCCUUCGACAAUGCCAGCCAGUCCAUCAGGCACGCCAAAAAGCGGCGCCUGGUGUGUGCCUAAGACAGGUGUUUCCGAUGCCCAACUGCAGGAAAAUCUGGAUUAUGCUUGUGCAUUUGGGAUCGACUGCACCCCGAUCCAACCAGCUGGAGCUUGUUUUGAACCAAACACCCUGGCUGCUCACGCAACAUACGCUAUGAAUCUUCUUUACCAAACUGCAGGGAAGAACCCAUGGAACUGUGAUUUCUCACAGACAGCCAUGCUUUCGUCUAUUGAUCCUAGUUACAAUGGAUGCACUUUUCCUGGUGGGAAUGCCUAAAGGUAGAGGAGUCCAAGAAUCUAAUAGUGGUAGUGGCUGCUGAAUCUUAUUCUGAUUCUUGAGCAAGUGGGCUAGGGCUAGAAAGUUCAUACUAUCAUAUACUGUAUUGUGCUAUAAGGGACCAAGAGAAAAAUAAUUUUGUCAUGUUUUCAAUGUUUGUAAUAUUUAUCCUAGCCCCCACUAGAGGCGGAUCUGAUAAAUGACACACGGGAACACGUGUUCUCCCUAAUACACAAUAUCGGUUAAAUUAUAGAAUUCCCGCUACAAACUCGUCACCACUUCUUCCAUAUCAUAUUUAUGUAAUGUAAUUAGGCCAAACAAAUUGAGCAAAAGUAUAUAUGCCUUUAUAUA